AUGAAUGCCGAGAGUUGCGUUUCGUUUUGCGACCCAGCUGCUGCCAUGGAUUCCUUCUACAACACCGCCUCGCAGGGCAGCGCCGACGGCUCUUCGCCUUUUAGGGCAUUUCCAGGCGGCAGCGACAAAUUCAGCCCCGCUUUCCUGGCCAGCAAAGGGCAAAGCUUUGGCGACAGCAGCAGCGGCGGCAGCAGCAGCAGCAGUAGCCCGAAGUGCCGGAGCCGCUACAGCCAGCCGGAUUGUCAAUCCCUGGACGGCAGCGGCGCCGGGCAGCAGGCUCCGUCGGCAGCCUCCUUUAGCAAGUACCAUCCGCAGCCGCCGCCACUCUACGCGCAACGAGGCUCUUGCAAAAGCCCUCCCGGCGGCAGCCUCAAGCUCCAGGACCCCAGCGGCCACAACGGAGCCCUGCAGCUCUCCUGCUACGCUAAAGAGAGUUCCUUGGGAGAGACUGAGCUGCAACCAGGUUCGGAUCCUGCUGGAAUGGAUGGCACGUACCUCAGUGUGAAAGAGAGUGGAGUGAAAGUAUCCCAAGAGAGGGCGAGCAACGAUCUUCCCAGCCCGAUGGACAAGACUGACUCAGAGAGCAACAAGGGCAAGAAGAGGCGGAACCGCACCACCUUCACCAGCUAUCAGCUGGAAGAGCUGGAGAAAGUCUUUCAGAAGACCCACUACCCAGAUGUCUAUGCCAGAGAGCAGUUAGCCAUGAGGACAGACCUUACUGAGGCCCGGGUACAGGUUUGGUUUCAGAACCGACGGGCAAAAUGGAGGAAACGAGAGCGGUUUGGUCAAAUGCAGCAGGUUCGCACACACUUCUCCACAGCCUAUGAGCUGCCCUUGCUAACCCGAGCAGAAAAUUAUGCCCAGAUCCAGAAUCCAUCCUGGAUUGGCAACAAUGGUGCUGCCUCCCCUGUGCCUGCCUGCGUAGUACCCUGUGACUCGGUGCCUUCCUGCAUGUCUCCCCACGCUCAUCCCCAUGCAACUGGAGGAGUCUCUGAAUUCCUGAGUGUCUCUGCUCCCGGCAGCCACGUGGGACAGACUCACAUGGGCAGCCUCUUUGGCAGUGCUGGCAUCAGCCCUGGCAUCAAUGGUUAUGAGCUGAACGGUGAGCCUGACCGCAAGUCUUCCAGCAUUGCAGCCCUGAGGAUGAAAGCAAAGGAGCACAGUGCUGCCAUAUCAUGGGCAACAUGACAGGGCUGUAGCCAAUGCCCUCAAGACACUGGCAGAGCAAACAGGGACAACCAAACGAAUCUAUCCACUCUUGGACUCAAGACAGCCAAUGCCUUCCUCAGAGAUCUGAGUGCAGCACUUUUAGCUACCCUAGGUAUACUAGCAUUGUGUAUAUUGCCAUAUUUGGAGUGUUUUAAGCAUGCGGGGGGGGGGCAGGCUGUGAGCACCUGAGAAUGGGUGUGUGAAAGGAAAGAGUGGGUGUUUCAGGUACGUAAAACACAAUUGCAUUUUCUGUGCACAUGGCAUGUUUCUCUUCUACUGUUAUUUUCCUGGAUGCCAGUCAAAAAGGGCACUUGGGGUCUCCUACACUAUUCCCUCCA